AUGUCAGCAGCAAGACGAGCAGAUGUGCGGCUUUUUGAAGGAGCUCGCGAUGUUUUUAUCGCUGACAGCGCAUUUCGCGUCGAGAUAACCCAAUCGACUGGCAUCGAUGGUUUGAAGCAAAUCAUCGCGCCGAGCGCUUUCCACAACUCUGGCGAGUGCUACGACCCACCGAGAUGUCACCCUCGCACCCGCAAAGCCCUCCUAGGCAGAAUUAUGUCGUGGGUACGGGGCGUGAUCGACACCGAAGCCCUCAUUUUUUGGCUGAACGGGUCGGUUGGCGUUGGGAAGUCGGCAAUUGGGCAGACAAUUGCGGAGAUGUGCGAGCGGGAGGGCCUUCUCCUGGCUAGCUUCUUCUUCGGUCGCUCGGAUCCCGCACGCAAUAAUGCAAAGCACUUCGUUACUACCCUUGCCUACCAGGUCGCGCUGGCCGUACCGCAUGCUCGUCAUCGCAUCGAACAGGCAUUUGAACAUGACCCUGUCAUCCACACCAGAUCACUAGAAACCCAGAUCAUGAAGCUCGUCAUUGAGCCACUCGGACAGGCAACCGCAGUGCAAAUUGGUAUACCACCCCUCGUUGUCGUGGAUGGCCUCGACGAAUGUGCGGACCGAGCCAUGCAAUGUAAAAUCCUCAGCCUCAUCCAUCAAGCAAGUUGGUCGUUAGCGACAAUCGGUCAUCGCCUCAUUUUCCUUGUUGGGAGCCGGCCCGAACAGGAGAUAUCUCUCCUGUUCAACUCAAGUCCCAUCCAAGAUAUCACGAUUCAUUAUACCCUGGGCGAUUGUGUCGAUUCAGACGAUGAUAUCCGACGUUUUCUUGAGGAUAGAUUCGAAGCGAUCAAGAAGAGCCAUCCUAUUAAAAAUUCUAUACCUUCCUCCUGGCCCAGGUCGGAGGAUAUCAAUGAGCUCGUGUGGAGAGCGUCUGGACAGUUCCUCUACGCCCACAUCGUGAUUGAAUACACUAGCAGUAUCCGACAUCGUCCAUUCGACCGUCUGGCCGAACUGCUCACCCUACCAUCACAGCAGGCAAAUAACCCAUUUGCCGAUCUUGACGUGCUUUACACUCACAUCUUUUCAUCCGUCCAAAGUGUAGAAUCUGUCUUGAAGAUUCUCGGGUUGUGUUUAACCAAAUUCAGCAGCGAAGACUUAGCGUUCAGCGACAUCGUGCGCAAUAGGCUCGGUCUCGGCUACGAGGAUGUCAAAUUGUUGUUCGGUGACCUUUCAUCCGUCGUUGACAUUGUAUACACGUUGGAAAGAGGAUCAUACACCUGGGAAAUGAAUUUGCGACACGCCUCCCUGGAGGAGUUCCUGACGAAUCAACAUCGCUCAAAGAAAUUCUUUGUGGAUAUAGAGCCGAGCGUCGCUGAAUGGGUUACUUGGGUCUUACGGAACAAUUUGGUGGAUCACCCACAACAUGUGGACGAUCUUGAGGCGGCUUUCAGGAAAUUGAAGUCGUCUAAGUCUCAACUUCUCCAUGAUGUUUUGCGAGAUUGCCAUCUCGCCCUUCUACUAUCCAAACCCUCUCUUCAACUGGCAUCCGUCCAGCUCUCUAGGUUUGUUUACAGUGCUAUUACAGCAAUAAAGCAUAUGCCAUUCGAAGACGCUGAAAUAUUAUACGAAACACAGCUACAAUCUUUCGAGUCCCAGGUGCAAUUGAUCCUGGGGCGCUUUUACUCCCCAGUGGUCUACUUCCCAUUACUUCUGAAAGGAUUUACCACCCGUGCACCUCGUCACACUGAGUCGGCGCUGUGUGAUAUGUUACGGAUAGAACGAAAAGAAUUAGACACGCGUGACCCUCUCGGCUUUACCUGGCGUGGGCGCCAGUGGUCGCAAUUCUUCUCAUUUCUCUCUACCUUCAUCCAUGAUCCGACCAGGUCUUUCGAGUAUGCAAUGGACGGUGUCAAAUUGGCAGAAGCAGCACUUGCACUCUUCCGUUUCCUGUGCUACCCGAAGCUGUCCACCAACAUUUUUGGGAAAUUCCUUUCCUCGUAUACUGAACUUCUGAAAUAUCGCCCCUGGACCUCACGUAGGAUGCGACUGUCUCGAUCUAAUACAGCACCCCGCAAGUGGUUUAAAUGGCGUUUCUGCGAUCAUUGUGCGAGGGCACAUACAACAAAAGAGUCGUGCAUUGGAUAUGAUCAGUUUGUCCCGACCCUCGCAUAUCUUUCAUCGCACCGAUCAUCCUUGAUUAUUCUUCACACCUCACACGAACUGCUUGGUUAUCGGUUCGCCUUGACUUUCCUAUCCGACAUCCUUGCUGCAGCAUCACGGUCCGCCGAGCUCGUUGAGUGCUGCAAAGAAUAUGUAUUCCACUCCACGUCCAUCCUCUUCCCUCACAAGUCCAAAAUCGCACGAAGAGCGAUAUCGGAGUAUCUCGAGCGGAUGGAAGCCAAAGAGCAAGGGUCGUGA